AUGCCUCUCGGUAUCGUUCACAUGGAUCCGGAAACAAUUUUACGGGCAAAUCAAAGCGGUCAGCCAGUCAUCCUGUAUAAGCGUCAACUGCAGGGGAACCUCUGCGGAUUGUAUGUAGAGGGAACGACCAGUGCAAUGUCUGCUCACCUGCGAAGACACGGCAUCGCUGGUCCAGACAACAUCAGUACAAUUUGUACAUGGGGUGGCUGCUCCAAGACACUCAAGAAGGGAAGCAUGAUCAGACAUCUCCUCACUCACCUUGGUGUCAAGUCUGCAGUCGCCGAUAAUGUUCACGGACCCGAAGGACGUCUCUUCAUUCCUUCGAGUUGGGCUACUGCUACCCACGAGGUUGUAUCCCUGUAA